CCAACCAUCGCGCGAUGUGGGGCGCCAACCUGUAAUGGGGCGCUGACUAGCCAGCUAGUUACGCUCCGCCUCAGAAGGGGGCGCCGGGCUGUCACGAUAUGGAGGGAAACUUUGUCAAGGACGCUGAGAAGCAAAGAGUCGGACAUGCUGCCUUAUCACCGAUGCCCUUCCUUCUGCCAUCUCUUUCUGUCUUCUUCAAAAAAUGAGGAGAAACAAACCAGUAAAUAAACGACUCCACCUCUAAUGGCACAGGUUUGGCACAGGAGUUGGGGGUUGAGGGGGCCGGAUUUAGGCUGUCUGGGUCCACGAAACUGGUGAGAUCUGGCGUCUCUUCAUUCCUUUGUCAGUGUUCUGUUUUAUGGGGCUGUUAGAAUAAAGAAGAACAGCAAGAGGGGAACAGAUGUUUAUUACCGCAGCCACCUCGGAAUUCCAUUCAUGUCUCGGAACCUCUGAGACAACCAUCAAGUGUUCUGGUCUUAGACGGCUAGGCUUGUAGUAAUUCCACCUUCAUAAGAAAGAUGAGCAUAUAUGGUUUCAGCUGUGGCCAGCCAGUUCUAGAGUCUUUCACAGUCGAAGGCAGUCUGUGCUUCUUUUUUUGUAAUUUCUAGGCACUUGAGAGCAACCUGUGUUGUGCCUCACAGCGUUUUAUGUUUUCGGCAAAAGGUUGCUUGUGUGAAUCAUUGUGACCUCCGCUAGGUUAAAAAUAAGGUCCCCUAAGGAGAUUCAAGCAUGAAUGCAAGGCUCCUGUGGGGUUUUGACAGCUAGUAGCACCUUUGCCAAAGCGCCACAGCAGAGCUGAAUGUGCACCCCCCACCGAGAACAUGUGCUCCGUUGAGUGGGCACCUAAUCGCAGCUGCGCCGCUCCUGUGUGAGAGGGAGCAGAAAUUUUCGAGCGUGCGCCUCUCCCGUGCAAGAGGGAGCAGAAAUUUUCGAGCAUCAGCUUAAACCCGUACCGGUCUGAAGUCAGCAGAGUUUGGAGAGGAGGGGGCCAUAAAAUCAGAGGCCUUAAUCCAUAAAGCAGACUACAAUGUAUACGCUGACAGCAUACGCUGUCACACACACACACACACACACUCACAGACACGCACAGAGGCUGCGCCUCGUAAUGGUGGAGUCCUGUGCGGGGGGACCGGCCCUGGCAGGGAGCACCCUCUCACAAACCACUCUGUGCGCUUCCAGGGACGUGCCCUGAGUGGACAAAUCAUGCUAAUUGUCUGGGAGAGAAACCCAGUGUUAGACCCAAGAUGAAGGCAGGGAGGGAGGCUCUCUCCACAGCAUUGGCUGCCCCUGCAUUUUUACCAUUUCUGUGCCUGCUUCUUUCUACCCUCUCAGGCAGGGCGCUUGGGGUGAACAUCACCAGCCCUGGCUCAUUGAUCCGGGGCACGCUGGGCGGGGAGGCCCUGCUGUCGGUCCGCUACAGCAGCACCAGCACCGAGCCUCCCGUCAUCAAGUGGCAGCUGAAGAGGGAAAGGCCGGUGACCGUGGUGCAGUCCGUCGGCACUCAGAUCGUGGGCACGCUGCGCUCCGAGUACAAGGACCGCGUGCUGAUCUUCGAGAACGGCACGCUGCUGUUGCACAACCUGAAGCUGUCGGAUGAGGGCACUUACGAGGUGGAGAUCUCCAUCACGGACGACACCUUUACUGGGGAAGGCAGUAUCAACCUCACGGUGGAUGAGCCUGUGUCCAGACCCUAUGUCCACAUGGUGGCCUCAACGGUUCUGGAGCUCAGCGAGCACUUCACCCUGAACUGUUCCCACGACAACGGGACCAAGGCUGUCUAUAGCUGGCUGAAGGGCGGCAAGCCCCUGACCAAUGAGUCCCGGCUGCUGCUGUCACCUGACCAUAAGAUCCUGACCAUCACACGCGUGCUGAUGGCCGACGACGAUGUCUACAGUUGCACAGUGGAGAACCCCAUCAGCAGUAUGAGGAGCAUGCCCGUGAAGCUCACCAUCUACCGACGGAGCUCGCUGUACAUCAUUCUGUCCACCGGGGGCAUUUUCCUCCUGAUCACCCUGGUGACGGUGUGUGCCUGCUGGAAGCCCUCCAAAAAACAAAAGCGACAGAGGGCGAAGCAGAACUCUUCAGAGACCGUGGAGCAGAAUGAAGUCCCGCAUGAGGAUGCUGCUGACAUUGUGCCAAACACGACAGAGCACAGGUGCAAGAACCCUGUAUCUCUGUACAUCCUAAAAGAAAAGAAUUCCACCAAUGGAGAGGACAAGUCCCUUGGCAACUCGCACGUCCACUCGGAGCCCAGCAGUCCGCCCAGCUACAGCAGCACCCCGCCCCCUUUCUCACGCUCCCCCGAGUCCCCCGCCCGCUCCUCCCGUAGGUACCCCCGCACCCCAGCCAGCUCCCCACCUUCUCGCCACGCCUCCUCCUCUCCCCUGCACAGCGUCCGCAGCUCUGGCCGUGGACUCCGCCCCUCUGGCAGCAUAUUGGCUGCCCGUCAGCGGGAUGACCACGCCCCUUCCAUAGAGAACAACGCAGAGACUCCGCCCUAAUGCCCCAAUCUGCACCCUCCCUCUGCUGAAGAGCACAAUAGUGAGAAGAUCCUGCUUGUGUGACACACAUGUGGGACUGUUUAUUUGUAUAUAUGUCCUCAAUAGUUUGAGCAGAUUUCUUAUUUUGGUACCGUGACCUUACAGUGCCUUGGACUCCAGCUCUGGGCCAGAUAUCUUUUCAGAAGAUUAAAAAAAUAUCUAUCGCCCUGGUCUUUUUUAAGUGCUGUCAGUUUUGUUGACGCAAAAUAUGUCGAGCACUGCGCUGUCUGAAACACAAGCCGGACACAGAAUGGCUUCAUGCAUUCAGUGAAACGUGAGAAAUUAACAAUAUUUUCCAUUGCUGCAUACUUCUCUAUUGAUUAUUCAUCUUUUAAAGAUCAUCUGCAAAAGGGUUCUGUAGAGCAGAGUCUUCACCCAAUAAGCCAGCAACGCUAUUCACACCAAUAUAGUUUUAUAUUACAAACCUGAUAAGUAUCUUUACCACCUUCUAUGGUUUAGUUUUGGGUAAACAUUCAACAACCUUUGUGCCUUUUUAGGACAUCCAAAAACACAAUCCCACAUAUCAUAAAAAUUAUUGGAAAAUUUACAUUGGGAAGCACUGCAAGAGUAAAACAAGAUGAGCCUUUAUUUUUUCAAUAAUCUGUAUAUAAAUUCCUUGUAUAUAAAUAAACUAUGACAUUUUGUAGCCUCGUUUUGUGUUUUUUUAAUAUUACUAAUUUUCUCUUCAAUAAGUUUGCUGUAUUAGCUCAGAGAUUGUACAAGGAUCUCGCUUCAAUCAUUUUGAUGUUCAAAGUUGUUUAGAAGACAAAAAAGCAUGUAAAUGUUGAAGACUGGAAAUAAAACAAAAAUAAAACAAAAUGCUAUU